GAUGGCUCUCAUUAAAUUUAACAUCUGAAUAUCGCCGAUUCGCUUCAACAUUUACAUGGGCAUGUGCACAAGGAUAUAUCAAUCUUAAUACACUUGUUUCUGCUGCGAAUAAUUUACGAUAUAGUAUUUGUAAUAUAAUUAUUAGUGAAAACACAAAUGCAACAUCAAUUCCGGGAGCAUGUGUUGAUCAAGAAAAUGGAUAUACAUUACCGCCAAUAGGAUCAAAUGCUAGUCUUACAUUUGGAUCCAACUUUCCUACAAAUUCAUCGCAACCUGUUGUAAAUCCGAACGGGUUAGAUUCAUAUGCACAUAUAAUUGGUAUUCCUGUAGAAGACCUUCCUUUUACGUCAAUGAUUGGAUUUUUAGUAGUUAACGCUGUCGCAAUUGUGUUGGUUCUUUUGAGUGCUGGUUUAGCAAUUAUAGUGAUAAAAUAUCGACAAAAUGCACCAGAAUACUUGAAAACAUUAAGAGAUAAUGUUCAUAUAUUUUUGUUCGUUGGUGCAGUACAAGUCAGCGGAGAAGCGCAACUUGGAGGCCUUUUUUUAAUCGAAUUUUUUUACUUUAUUAUGCUAAUUAAUCAUAACCCAUAUGCCGAUAAUAUAUUCGGAAAUUAUUUAAACAUAUUUCUUUCAAUUUCUAGAAUUAUUGUUGUUCUCCUUUUAGUUCCAUUUGUAAAGAGUCUUAGUAUUAUUGUUCCACCAAGUAUUUUAAAAAUCUUUUCACUUACAUUAAUUAUUUUACAAACAGUUAUCUUGGGCGCACUUGGAAUAAUGAUCCUUUCAAAAUUAUGCAAAAUGCUUAUUAAAUCUUUUCAAAGGAGUAGUUGUAGAAAAAAAAAGGAUUAUGACGAAGAUGAAUAA